AUGGAGGACGUCGUGCUGCUUGUUGGCGCGGGCACUUUUGCUCCGGUUACGGCGGAGACUGUCGGAGGCCAUGGUAUGCAUGCAGAGCUGAUGAGUUCGCGCAGGGCCUGCGUGGAGAGAGUGGGUAGGCACGUGGAGAGCCGCAGCCCCAUUGUCGCAAUGGGGACUACGUCUGUGCGCGCGCUCGAGUCUAUGUACUGGUUUGGCGAUAUGCCCAUAUUCGGAACGACCCAACUUCUUAUCGUUCCGAAAUACCCGUUUAAAAUGGUUGACGCCAUCAUUACCAACUUUCAUCAGCCACGAUCAACGCUGCUAAUGCUCGUCUCUGCUUUUCUUGGCGGCACGCCGCAGGACCUCUUUAACGUCUAUCAAGAAGCCCUCGACCGUGGCUACAGGUUUUUGAGCUAUGGAGAUAGCUGUAUUUUUGCACGACCCUCCUUUUUUGAGAGGUAG